AUGAUGGGUCCUGACAAGCCGACGAUCAUGAUUAUGACCCGAGUGGACGAAGAUAAGGCUAAUGGUAGUAGACACCGUCUGUACAGAUUCUUCGAGCCAGAUGGUACAGUCCUUGAACCGAAUCAUCCUAUUGUCGGCUCAAUCCAAGCUCGAUGGUAUAACACUUUCCUCAAGCAUGAAAGCUCUCAAAAUCCCUUGUCGCUUUAUUACACUUCAGCAUACCAGAGGAAGUUCACAGACGAUAGAAAUACGGCUGAUAAGGAGUUUAACAGAUUUAUGAGAGGUAUGGCUGCAGAUCUGAAUGGUCAUAGCGAAUUUCCUUUUGACCUUCAUGUGCUGGAUGAUGAAGAAAAUAAACGAUUUCGGGAAACCAUCAAACCCGCCAGCGUCCUGACAAGUACUUCAAGCUCUGAGGCUGCAUCAACGCCUACAGUCGGCGUGGAGAGAGCAGAACAUGACGAAAUCAGUACCGAGGUGUCCGAUCGGAUCCAGGUGGGAUGGUGGUCUGCAGUGGCGAGUAAGGAUGGUGAUACCCUGGUUUGGAAUGAUCAUGCUCUAGGUGAAGCUGGUCAAGGUGGAGGUCAGCAGUAUAAUGCUUAA